GCAAUGCCAGUGCGCCUCUCAAGCGCACGAAGUCUGAACAAUCCUCGACAUCCUCCGCGGCAUGCCCUGCGGCAGCCGAGUUCGUCACCGCCCAACACCAAGCUCCAGCUCCAGCCCCACUGCCCGCUCCCACUGCUCCGGCGAGUGCUCCUCCUACUGUUCCUACUGCUCCUCGGACCCGCUCCCACCCUAUGCGAACCCGGCCCGAACUGCACCUUCAUCGAGGGCUACAUCCUGCAGUACGUCUGCCACGGCAGCUACGUUGAAGACAUGCGACUGCAGCACAAGGACCGCCUGCCGGCCCUGGGCACACCGUACGCGAUCUGGAGGCGGUCCGACACCAUCGAUCCGGCCUACCUGCUCAUCUCCUUCUACGACUCGCCGCUCUUCAGCUGCUACACAGUGGUCAUGAGCGAGGGCCAGUUCUACUGCGACGGCCGCAAUUUCGUCGAGCCGAACACGGAGGCCGCCCAGCUGCAGUGCAUCAACUUCCCGUUCCACUACACCACGGACCUGUACGACGCGUGUGCCGCUAGCCCCUGUCCGGACGACUCGCCGCCCAUCUCGGUGGCCAUUGCCUACAUGAAGGAGAACAUCAAGAAGACCAGUGAGGCGGGUCCACCCGCAAAACGCCCGCCUUUCUUCCACUUUCUUGUGCCCACGAUCCACUUUCUGCUAACGCGAUAUUUUGCUAUUUUACUAUGUCAAUAAAAUGGU